AUGGAUGGCCUUUCCGGAGCGGCAAGCGUGAUAGCCGUUGUCGACAUAUCCGCCAAGGUCGCGUCGCUCUGCUUCCAGUACUCAGUCGCCGUGAAGCACGCAAAGAGGGACAUCAGACGCCUCCAACAAAAAGUGACCAAUAUCAAGAACGUCCUUGAAGAGCUUCAACAGCUUGUAGACAAGCAAGGAUCGCAGCUCCCCUCUACACACAAGUUACUAGAGUCACUCAAGGAAUGUCACCAGCAGUUGCAAGACCUUGAAGAUAAACUCAAGGCCAAUCUCGAGCCUAGCGGACGCCAAAAAGUAAUGAGCAAACUCGGUUUUCGAGCCUUGAAAUGGCCAUUCACGAGCAAGGAGGUAGAGCAGACGGUUCAGAAUUUUGAGAAGUAUGGGCACACUUUCACCCUUGCACUUCAAGUUGAUCAGACGGGUCUGAUCCUUGAAUCUGACAAGAAGCUAGAUCUGGUGGACCAAAAGCUGGACUUAAGCAAGCUACCUACCGCUAAUGGAGCAUCCUACAACUCCUACACAACAGACGAAAACGCACAAUGCCUACCAAAUACCCGCACCGAGCUGCUAGACGAGAUCACAAUAUGGGCGAACAACAAGGAUAGCAAAUCCAUAUUCUGGCUGAGCGGCAUGGCUGGGACAGGGAAGUCUACGAUAGCGCGGACGAUUGCUAAGUUGUUUGCCGACCGCGAACAACUAGGAGCGAGCUUCUUCUUCAAGAAAGGUGGAGGCGAGCGUGCCAACGCCUCACGCUUCUUAACCACCAUCGCUACCGACCUAGUGGCCUACGAGCCAGGCGUGGUACCCGGGAUGAGGAAGGCGCUCGACGAGGACCCAAAAAUUGCCGACAAGUCUUUAAAGGACCAGUUCGAGAAGCUGAUCCUGCAGCCACUCCUGGAAAUAAAGCAAGCUAAGUCGCCAGUCUUGGCGCGUGUUGUCGUGAUAGACGCGCUGGACGAAUGUGAGCGAGAAGCAGACAUUCGAGCAAUCCUUCAGCUGCUUGCUCAGACAAAGGACAUCCACCCGGUGCUGUUACGGAUUGUGGUGACUAGCCGGCCAGAGCUCCACAUUCGCCUUGGUUUCAGGGAGAUGCCGAAUGGCACAUACCAAGACCUAGUCCUCCACGAAGUACCAAGGCGCACGAUUGAACGCGACAUACGCCUCUUCCUGUUGCAUGAGCUCGAUAUAAUACGAAAGAAGCACAUGCUUUCUACUGACUGGCCAGCACCACACCAGAUUCGGGGUUUAGUGGAGCUAGCUGUUCCCCUGUUCAUCUACGCUGCUACUGUAUGUCGAUAUGUGGGCGCAGACUCAAGUGAUCCUGAAGAGUACUUAAUCAACGUCUUGCAGCAUCCAAGGUUCGUCUUUUCACCACUUGAUCAGCUGUACUCUCUGGUAUUGAACCAACUGCUUGUUGGGAUUGAGGAAAGGGACAAAGAACCAUGGCUUCAGGCGUUUCGUGAAGUCGUGGGAAGCAUAGCCAUCUUAGAGAGCCCCCUCUCUAUAAGAUCUCUCGCAUACCUUCUUCAAGUGCGACAGACGCAAGUGCAACACCGGCUAAAAGGCUUACACUCAGUUCUCAGUAUUCCUGAGAGCGAAAAUGUUCCUAUUCGGCUGCUGCAUUUGUCCUUUCGCGAGUUCCUUGUCGACCCUCAAAAACAUGGACAGAGCCCGUUCUGGGUGGAUGAGAGAGCGAGACAUGAGAGGUUAGCGUCUCAUUGCCUUCAACUCAUGUCUAGCACAAACGGCCUACGACAGAACAUGUGCGAAUUACAGCCCAGGACUUUAAGAAGCGAGGUCGAUGAAGGGAGGAUUAUGAGCCAUCUGUCGCCCGAACUGCAGUACGCUUGCCGUUACUGGGUGUAUCAUCUUAAGCAGAGCCAAUGUCUUGUUAGCGACAAGGCUACUGCAGAUACGUUCCUCCAGAAACACUUCCUUCACUGGCUUGAAGCGAUGAGUCUAAUCGGAGAGACAAACAAAUGUGUUUCCUUGCUAGAAACACUUUCUACGCUAGUUGAGGCAUUAAACAGUGCUCUUUCUGCAUUUCUCCAAGACGCUCGACGAUUUACUCUUCGAUUCCGCCAUAUACUCCAAGAUGCUCCUCUACAAAUAUAUUCCUCGGCUCUUAUAUUUGCCCCAGAAGCAAGUAUAGUACGGAAAGCUUUUGUAGAAGAAAUGCCAGUGUGGAUUAAGUUAUUGUCAAAACGGGAAGACGACUGGGAUGCUUGCCGCAGCGUGCUCGAGGGCCAUACCUCCUCCGUCAACGCCGUCGCCUUCUCGCAAGACGGCCAUCUGGUCGCGUCCGCCUCUAGCGACAAGACGGUGCGGGUGUGGGAGGCGGCCACGGGGUCGUGCCGCAGCGUGCUC